UGGCCCGGCGUACUCUCGCAUCGCUGCCGACACUCGCUGUCCUGGUAUUCACGCUAAUGUGCAGGGUACCGUCGUUGACCAGCGUCGUUAAAGCAAAUUUUCUGAACGAGCCAUUUGCCAUGGCGCAGACGUGUCGCUCCGUGCAGACGAAGAUCCAUAUCAGUCGUGAAGAAAACGACGAUUUCGGCAACCCCCUUCGGAGCUGCGAGGGAAGCGUUGAAGUUACGAAAUGCGAAGGCACCUGCAACUCCCAAGUCCAGCCCAGCCUCUCUGCACCUCACGGCUUUCACAAGGAAUGCAACUGUUGUCGCGAAACCCAGAUGGAGCACCGUGACGUUCUCCUAGACCAGUGCUAUGACGUUAACGGUGAGCGCAUUCUCGGCCCGUUGGGGGCCAUGCAGCUGCAACUUAGAGUGCCCAUCGGCUGUACCUGCGUACCCUGCACCCUGUAAAUCCUCAUCCCACUGUCACGUCCCCCCCUUUGCACAGACCCACCCAGCCAGCCGCUCACCACCAUCUAUCUAUGAAUGAGAAAUAGAACAACAGGACUGGAUCUGCAACAUCCGCAUUGGCCGUCGGCGACAGUAACAGUGGACACGCGAGAGGCAACACACGCUUUCGGCAGAAAGUCGCCGAGCAUCGUAGCAUAGUGAAUAUCAGCACCAUUGCUACCGCCACUCCCGUUUCGUAAGAUACAAUACUGAGAUUUCACAGAAAUACGCUACCGUGAUAUUUGGGCAGUAAGGGUCCACAUAUACAAGUGGAUUGAGAGGUAGGGAAUCAUGCAUGUGAAAUAGCUAAGAUAUGAGACAAAUGACAACCGGUAAUAUAAGGAAUAAAGGAAAACCGGUCACAUACACGUGUAUUUACGUGAUUGUUGUUGGCUUUUGACGAAAAAUAACUAACAAUAACAGAAUGAUGUAAACAAACUGAAUGAAACAUGAACAAAUAAAUAUUCUUGAGGGAAAGUGAAGACCUGAGAAAAACACUGAGUACUUUAAACUACGAGAAAAAAAAACCCAAAUGUGUCCAUUCGAUGAUGAACGUUAAAAACAAAUGAAA